AUGCGUCGCCCAGGAGCAGUCGGACUAGGCCACGAAGGUAUCGAGCUCUGGAUAACAGAGUGUGAGGACACCUCUGCACCAAAAGCGCAUAUUGCUCUGAGAGCGCCCGAUCAUGCUGCCGUCAAUGAGUUCCAUAACGCCGCGGUCGCGGCCGACGGGGUGUGCAAUGGAGCUCCUGGGAUCCGCUCCGCGUAUAACGAGAGCUACUACGCAGCAUUUGUUCUAGACCCGCUCGGAAACAACAUCGAGGUGAUUUGGUUGGUUCAUACAUCAUCCAACCGAUGUAUGGUUCUGCGGUGGCGGCACAUACCAACCAACGGCUGCCCGCCCCGACGUAUUUGCAUCCAUUUGACUAAGAUGAAUAAAGACCAAAUCAACCUCUACGUCAAGCGAGGAUCCAGAAAUGGAAUGGAGAUCCUCAUCCUCCUCAAACAGCUAGGGUUGAAAUACGCUCUCGAGGUCGUCAACCACACCGAAGAAAUCCGCGACGACGCAUUCCGCUUCGUCGACAUCCACGGCCACCUCCCCAUCCUGACCGACACGCACAACGGCGACGGCCACCAGUUCAGCCUCCAAGAGUCCGGGGCGAUCGUGCAGUAUCUGAUCGACCGGUACGACAGCGCCCACACCCUGUCGUAUCCGAAAGGAUCGUCGGGCGAUCUCGAAGUCAGCAACUGGCUGUUUUUCCUAACGUCGCGGCUGGGGCCGAACCACGACGAAGCGGUGCAUUUUGCCCUCCGCGCGCCGGAGCGUGUGCCGUACGGGAUCUCGCGGUUUACGAACGAGACGCUGCAGCUGUAUAUGGUUCUGGAGAAGCACCUGCAGAAGACCCAGACGCCGUAUCUGGUGGAUGAACGGUUGUGA